GGGAAAGGACAGGAGGGAGGGAAGAGGCGGCCGGACGUGGCGCGCGGGAGAGAGCGGGCGGCGGAGGAGGAGGCGACGGCGUCUGCUGCUGUCCCGGUCCUGUCCCCACCCCGUUUCACGGAAGGAGCGGCACGAGGCGCGCGGCCGGCGGCGAGCUCGGUCGGCUGGGCCUCGGUUAAAACCGGAGUAGAGGUGGGGGGAGGGGCGGCGGCGGCAGCUGCUGCUUCCUGGCUGGUGACUGAGGCGGAGGCAGAGCGGCGUCUGCAUCACGUGACCCCCGAAAGGCGGAGAGGAAAGCGCGCGCGCAAAGAUGCACGGGGGAGCGCCCUCCGGGGACAGCGCGUGCCCGCUGCGCACCAUCAAGCGCGUGCAGUUUGGCGUCCUCAGCCCGGAUGAGAUGAAACGGAUGUCGGUGACGGAAGGGGGGAUCAAGUACCCCGAGACAACGGAAGGGGGCCGCCCCAAGCUGGGGGGAUUGAUGGACCCUCGACAGGGCGUCAUCGAAAGGACGGGAAGGUGCCAGACCUGUGCAGGCAACAUGACAGAAUGCCCCGGCCACUUUGGACACAUUGAGCUGGCCAAGCCCGUCUUCCACGUUGGCUUCUUGGGGAAGACGAUGAAGGUCCUCCGCUGCGUGUGCUUCUUCUGCUCCAAGCUGCUGGUUGACGCUAACAACCCAAAGAUCAAAGAUAUCCUGACCAAAUCGAAAGGGCAGCCGAAGAAGCGCUUGACCCACGUCUAUGACCUUUGCAAAGGCAAGAACAUCUGUGAAGGGGGCGAGGAGAUGGACAACAAGUUUGGAGUGGAGCAGCCAGAUGGCGACGAGGACAUCUCGAAGGAAAAGGGUCACGGGGGCUGCGGCCGCUACCAGCCGAGGAUCCGGCGUUCGGGCCUGGAGCUGUACGCUGAGUGGAAGCACGUCAACGAGGACUCGCAAGAGAAGAAGAUCCUGCUGAGCCCGGAGCGGGUGCACGAGAUCUUCAAGCGCAUCUCGGACGAGGAGUGCUUCAUCCUGGGCAUGGACCCCAAGUACGCCCGGCCAGAGUGGAUGAUCUGCACGGUGCUCCCGGUGCCGCCGCUUUCCGUCAGGCCGGCUGUGGUCAUGCAGGGCUCUGCCAGGAAUCAGGAUGACCUGACUCACAAGCUGGCCGACAUUGUGAAAAUCAACAACCAGCUGCGUCGGAACGAGCAGAACGGGGCGGCCGCUCACGUCAUCGCCGAAGACGUCAAGCUGCUGCAGUUCCACGUGGCCACCAUGGUGGACAAUGAGCUCCCUGGGCUGCCCCGCGCUAUGCAGAAAUCGGGGCGGCCGCUGAAGUCCCUGAAGCAGAGGCUAAAGGGGAAAGAGGGCCGUGUGCGAGGGAACCUGAUGGGCAAGCGAGUGGACUUCUCUGCCCGGACGGUCAUCACGCCGGACCCCAACCUCUCCAUCGACCAGGUGGGCGUGCCCCGCUCCAUCGCGGCCAACAUGACCUUCGCCGAGAUCGUGACGCCUUUCAACAUCGACAGGUUGCAGGAGUUGGUGCGCAGAGGAAACAGCCAGUAUCCUGGCGCCAAGUACAUCAUCCGGGACAAUGGCGACAGGAUUGACCUCCGCUUUCACCCCAAGCCCAGCGACCUCCACCUCCAGAUAGGAUACAAGGUAGAACGACACAUGUGCGAUGGGGACAUUGUCAUUUUCAACCGACAACCAACGCUGCACAAGAUGUCCAUGAUGGGGCACAGAGUCCGCAUCCUGCCGUGGUCCACUUUCCGCCUCAAUCUCAGUGUGACCACCCCUUACAACGCUGACUUUGAUGGCGACGAGAUGAACCUGCACCUCCCUCAGUCCCUGGAGACGCGGGCCGAGAUCCAGGAGCUGGCCAUGGUACCCCGCAUGAUAGUCACCCCCCAGUCCAACCGGCCCGUCAUGGGCAUCGUGCAGGACACUCUGACGGCCGUCCGCAAAUUCACCAAGAGAGACGUCUUCCUGGAAAGGGGGGAGGUGAUGAACCUGCUGAUGUUCCUCUCCACCUGGGACGGCAAAGUGCCUCAGCCCGCCAUCCUCAAGCCUCGCCCGCUCUGGACCGGGAAGCAAAUCUUCUCCCUGAUCAUCCCCGGGCACAUCAACUGCAUCCGGACGCACAGCACCCACCCGGACGACGAAGACAGCGGCCCGUACAAGCACAUCUCGCCCGGGGACACCAAGGUCAUCGUGGAGAACGGAGAGCUGAUCAUGGGCAUCCUAUGUAAGAAGUCUCUGGGCACCUCCGCCGGCUCCCUGGUCCACAUCUCCUACCUGGAGAUGGGCCACGACGUCACGCGCCUCUUCUACAGCAACAUCCAGACCGUCAUUAACAACUGGCUGCUGAUUGAAGGCCACACCAUUGGCAUUGGCGACUCCAUUGCUGACGCCAAAACCUACCAGGACAUUCAGAACACCAUCAAGAAGGCCAAGCAGGAUGUGAUAGAGGUCAUUGAAAAGGCCCACAACAACGAGCUGGAGCCCACGCCCGGCAACACGCUGCGGCAGACCUUCGAGAACCAGGUCAACCGGAUCCUGAACGACGCUCGAGACAAGACGGGCUCCUCUGCCCAGAAGUCCCUCUCGGAGUACAACAACUUCAAGUCCAUGGUGGUGUCGGGGGCCAAAGGCUCCAAGAUCAACAUCUCCCAGGUCAUUGCCGUGGUGGGCCAGCAGAACGUGGAAGGGAAGCGGAUCCCUUUUGGCUUCAAGCACCGGACGCUGCCUCACUUCAUCAAGGACGACUACGGCCCCGAGAGCAGAGGCUUUGUGGAGAACUCCUACCUGGCCGGCCUCACCCCGACGGAGUUCUUCUUCCACGCCAUGGGAGGCAGAGAGGGCUUGAUUGACACAGCUGUCAAAACGGCCGAGACAGGCUACAUCCAGCGUCGGCUGAUCAAGUCCAUGGAGUCGGUGAUGGUGAAGUACGACGCCACGGUGCGCAACUCCAUCAACCAGGUGGUGCAGCUGCGCUACGGCGAAGACGGGCUGGCGGGGGAGAGCGUGGAGUUCCAGAACCUGGCCACGCUCAAGCCGUCCAACAAGGCCUUUGAGAAGAAGUUCAAGUUCGACUACACGAACGAGCGGGCUCUGCGGCGCACCCUGCAGGAGGAGAUGGUGAAGGACAUCCUCAGCAACGCACACAUCCAGAACGAAUUGGAGAGGGAGUUUGAGAAGAUGAGGGAGGACCGGGAGGUGCUGAGGGUCAUCUUCCCCACGGGAGACAGCAAGGUCGUUCUUCCCUGCAACCUGCUGCGCAUGAUCUGGAACGCCCAGAAGAUCUUCCACAUCAACACCCGCCUGCCCUCGGACUUGCAUCCCAUCAAAGUGGUGGAGGGCGUGAAGGAGCUCAGCAAGAAGCUGGUGAUUGUGAACGGGGACGACCCGCUGAGCAAGCAGGCCCAGGAGAACGCCACGCUGCUCUUCAACAUCCACCUGCGUUCCACGCUCUGUAGCCGGCGCAUGAUUGAGGAGUUUCGCCUCAGCGGGGAGGCCUUCGACUGGCUGCUGGGGGAGAUCGAAUCCAAAUUCAACCAGGCCAUUGCUCACCCGGGCGAGAUGGUGGGGGCUCUGGCGGCCCAGUCCCUGGGCGAGCCGGCCACUCAGAUGACCCUGAACACGUUCCACUACGCCGGCGUCUCGGCGAAGAACGUGACACUGGGCGUGCCUCGUCUCAAGGAGCUGAUCAACAUCUCCAAGAAGCCCAAGACCCCCUCGCUGACCGUCUUCCUGCUGGGCCAGUCUGCCCGCGAUGCUGAGCGGGCCAAGGACAUUCUUUGCCGCCUCGAGCACACGACCCUUCGCAAGGUGACGGCCAACACGGCCAUCUACUACGACCCCAACCCACAGAACACGGUGGUGGCCGAGGACCAGGAGUGGGUCAACGUUUACUAUGAGAUGCCGGACUUCGACGUCACCCGCAUCUCUCCCUGGCUGCUGCGGGUGGAGCUGGACCGCAAGCACAUGACGGACCGCAAGCUCACCAUGGAGCAGAUCGCAGAGAAGAUCAACGCCGGCUUUGGGGAUGACCUCAACUGCAUUUUCAAUGAUGACAACGCUGAGAAGCUGGUGCUGCGGAUCCGCAUCAUGAACAGUGAUGAGAACAAGAUGCAAGAGGAGGAAGAGGUGGUGGACAAGAUGGACGACGACGUCUUCCUGCGCUGUAUUGAGUCCAACAUGUUGACAGACAUGACCCUUCAGGGCAUUGAGCAGAUCAGCAAGGUGUACAUGCACCUGCCCCAGACAGACAACAAGAAGAAAAUCAUCAUUACCGAGGACGGGGAGUUCAAGGCCCUGCAGGAGUGGAUCCUGGAGACGGACGGCGUCAGCCUCAUGCGCGUGCUGAGCGAGAAGGACGUGGACCCCGUGCGCACGACCUCCAACGACAUUGUGGAGAUCUUCACGGUGCUGGGCAUCGAGGCGGUCAGGAAGGCCCUAGAGCGGGAGCUGUACCACGUCAUCUCCUUCGACGGCUCCUACGUCAACUACCGUCACCUGGCACUGCUCUGCGACACCAUGACGUGCCGCGGGCACUUGAUGGCCAUCACCCGGCACGGCGUCAACCGCCAGGACACAGGGCCCCUCAUGAAGUGCUCCUUCGAAGAGACGGUCGACGUCCUGAUGGAAGCAGCAGCCCACGGGGAAAGCGACCCCAUGAAGGGCGUCUCGGAGAACAUCAUGCUGGGCCAGCUGGCCCCGGCCGGCACCGGCUGCUUUGACCUCCUCUUGGAUGCCGAGAAGUGCAAAUACGGCAUGGAGAUCCCCACCAACAUCCCCGGGCUGGGCGUGGGGGGGCCUACCGGCAUGUUCUUCGGCUCGGCUCCCAGCCCCAUGGGCGGCAUGUCGCCCGCCAUGACCCCCUGGAACCAAGGUGCCACGCCAGCGUACGGAGCGUGGUCCCCUAGUGUGGGGAGCGGAAUGACCCCUGGGGCAGCCGGUUUUUCGCCCAGCGCCGCCUCCGACGCCAGCGGUUUCAGCCCCGGCUAUUCUCCCGCCUGGUCACCCACCCCAGGUUCUCCCGGAUCUCCCGGACCUUCCAGCCCGUAUAUCCCAUCACCAGGUGGAGCGAUGUCUCCCAGUUACUCCCCCACGUCUCCUGCCUACGAGCCCCGCUCCCCGGGGGGGUACACGCCCCAGAGCCCUAGCUACAGCCCCACCUCGCCUUCCUACAGCCCAACGUCUCCCUCCUACUCUCCUACCAGCCCGAAUUACAGCCCCACCUCCCCUAGCUACAGCCCCACCUCCCCUAGUUACUCUCCAACCAGCCCCAGCUACAGCCCCACCUCCCCGAGCUACAGCCCCACCAGCCCCAGCUACAGUCCGACGUCACCGAGUUAUUCUCCGACGUCGCCCAGCUACAGCCCCACCAGCCCCAGCUAUAGUCCGACGUCGCCCAGCUACAGCCCCACGUCGCCUAGCUACAGCCCCACAAGUCCCAGUUACAGCCCCACGUCUCCCAGCUACAGCCCUACCAGCCCCAGCUAUAGCCCCACGUCGCCCAGCUACAGCCCCACCAGCCCUAGUUACAGCCCCACCAGCCCCAAUUACAGCCCGACGUCUCCGAACUACACCCCAACCUCUCCCAGCUACAGCCCGACCUCGCCCAGCUACAGCCCGACUUCUCCCAAUUACACCCCGACUUCUCCGAACUACAGCCCGACCUCGCCCAGCUAUUCCCCUACCAGCCCCAGCUACAGCCCCACCUCGCCCAGCUACUCUCCCUCCAGCCCUCGCUACACCCCGCAGUCGCCCACUUACACCCCCUCGUCGCCCAGCUACAGCCCCAGCUCGCCCAGCUACAGCCCCACCAGCCCCAAGUACACCCCGACCAGCCCGUCAUACAGCCCCAGCUCCCCCGAGUACACCCCGACUUCGCCCAAGUACAGCCCCACCAGCCCCAAGUACAGCCCGACCUCGCCCAAGUACAGUCCAACUUCGCCCACCUACAGCCCCACCACGCCCAAGUACAGCCCCACCAGCCCCACCUACUCGCCAACGUCGCCCGUCUACACCCCGACCUCGCCCAAGUACAGCCCCACCAGCCCCACUUACUCGCCCACGUCGCCCAAGUACAGCCCCACGUCGCCGACCUAUUCGCCGACCUCCCCGAAGGGCUCCACGUACUCCCCGACCUCGCCCGGCUACAGCCCCACCUCGCCGACGUACAGCCUCACCAGCCCGGCCAUCAGUCCAGACGACAGCGACGAAGACAACUGAAGGCACGGGGCGACCGCUGCCCCGGAGAUCGGUCGGGCUGUGACCUCCGAGCGGCGGCAUGCUUUGUCAGGAAAAGUUUGAACUUUUCGGGAGAGGGAGGAACUCCAGUAGAUUUUGCCGCCUUCCCCAUGGCAAGGAAAUCCAAGGGGCCUUGGCAGUUGUGGGGCAGCAGGCGGGAAUCUUGGGGUGCUGAUCCACCCACCACCACCCCAUGCAUUUUUCCCCAGUGGAGAAGGGGCUUUUGGGGGGGAAUUUUUAUCUCUUAAAAAAAAAAAAAACUUGUAAAUAAUCAUACAGACUACCUAGUAAAUCCACAAACACUUGCCCUACUACGGGGUAACCUCACAUGCAACGUGAAGGGGGGGUGACCCCCACCCCAACAAAACGAAGCCAAGUUUCUGAUCUCUCGUUAACUCCGUUAGGGAGGAAACCCCGGCGCUUUGAAGCUUUGAUUACUUCAAGUGCCUACUUUUCCUCUCUCGGUUUUCCCAGCUUCAAAUACAUUGUACUUCUCUACGUGUCUGUUGGGAAUUAUUUAUGUUGAAAAUGUUAGGAAGUUUCUUGACUUAGCUGCAUUAUGUGUUCGCUUGUUUUGGGGUUUUUUGUUUUCCUUUGAUCUGAGAAUGAAAAGCUCUCAAGAGAAGCUGUUUUUAACUCUUUAAAACUUCUGUCAGGUUGGCUGACUUUCUUUUGUCCUGCAUAAGCAUGUUUAAAAGUUCAGAACUCUUUCCUGGUCCCUCCCUGCCAACACAGGCGGUCUUGCUCUUACAAUUCCUCUUUGGGUGGUGGGAGAAAGAUCCCUUUGAGGGGAAAUGUGAUACUCAUAUACAGUACAUGUUGGCAGUGGAGAAGAGUGGGCCAGAACCAUUAGAAUAAUGUCAUUUUGUUGGGUGUUUGGAAUUCUUGCUUUUCUCUGAGCUCAAAAUUGUAACUUUCUGGAAAAAAAAUUAAAAAACUUUUUUACUAA